UCAAUUUCUUCAUCGAUCCGCGAUCGUCGAUUAACGUAAAUAUUCAAUUAAAUAAACUAAAUUGGGUCGGGUUAUUCUUUGGUUUUAUUUUGGCUUGGACAGACCACCCAACUGAAAUGCUACAAUAUAAUCAUGGAUGUGCCUAACGACCCAGUUGGACACCUCUCUAAUGAAGAGACAAGGAAGUUGAUUUGGCAGCAGUUAAUUCUAUUGCUGCAUGCUUACAAAUGUGAGGAACGGGGGGUUCAGCAGUGCGCACUGCCUCGGUGCUCGGAUAUGAAAGCAGUUCUCAUUCAUCUCAGGCUUUGCCAAGAAGGCAUUUCUUGUGGAAUACCACACUGCAUAUCUUCAAGACAAUUAAUACGACACUGGAAAACAUGUGUCAACAGCGCCUGUCCAGUCUGCUCACCAAUUAAAGGGACGACGCCAAAAGAGUGGCACCAGUCAAUGAGAGAGGAAAAAAGGCGCCAUCUAGUGGAGCUUUUGGACAGGGAAACUAUACCUGAUUUGAUGUCAGUGGAGAAAAGCAUCUAUCAUUUGGCGGACACUCUUGAAAAUUACUACCGUAUGAUGGCUGCGAAAAUGUGCCAAGAGAUGACCAAGAAGGGCCAGCCGGCCUAGCCAAGGUUACAAUCGCUAUCGCUUCGACAACGAAAAGCUUUGUCUCUCUAUCACUCUUACAUAUUAGUGCGACAGUGACAGUUGCAUUUCGAUCGCUACCUACGGAGCGUAAGCGAUUGGCAUCUUGGCUACGCGGCCUGCAACGCCAGCCUGAGGAAGUGUAAAAACCGGCCAAGUGCGAGACGGACUCGCGCACUAAUGGUUCCGUACUGUAGUGUGUACUACGCCUUAACCCACACAUAUACAGUGUUAGAGUAUAUAAGGCUACACAUGUAUCAUUUGAGAGGCAUUAUACCAGUAUCAUAGCAAGCAGUUGUUUGCCUUUACGUCCCACCUCACAUGGCGACCCUGCCAGGCUGCUGCGAAAAAAACGGCAAUA